CAGACAUUAAAUAUUUACCUUUCCACACUCUGCUGGAAGCUCCACAUGCAUUGUGUUGCUUCAUCCUCAGCCUUGUGUUACCCAGGAGGGUCCUGUGGUUUACAGGGGUUAAGUUAUAGCCAGAGGUCACAAAGCUAUCCAACAAUGAUGCUCCAAGUGGACCCUGGGUCUCUGACCACAGGGCCCUGGUUCCAGAUUGACAGAUGACAGACGGAUGGCUGGCCAGGCAGAGGGAGGAGCUGAACAGACAGGGACUGAGCAUACAUACUCGGAGAAAGAAGAGGGACAGGGAGGCACACGGGCUACAAGCAUGGGGGACCAGUGUGGUGCAGGAGUAGAAGGCCGUUUUGGCAAUAGUGGGACAUUGCUGAGGGUCAUGGCUGAUGUUUGGACUCAGAGGGCAUUUUCUGGCAAAUCUCAGUUCCCACUUGCAAGAAGCCUCGCUUCUUUAACGACUGGCACCUCCCAGGGCAAGCAGUGUGCUCUACACUCACGUGGGGGCUGUGGAUGGGCAGAGUGCAGAGAGAGAAGAGAUGGAGAGGGCGUGGUUGAUGGGCAGUGACAUAUUGGCCAACCUUGAGAGCGCAGGAAGGGAAGCGCCAUACAGCUCUCUUCCCAUUUCCGGCGACAGAGAUACUGCCCUGGGGGUUGCCCCUGGCAAGCUGUAAUCUCCAGGCCCCACAUACGCCGCCGCCAUUGUGCACCUGUCACGGGAGGGAACUCCGCCAAAGGUGAGGCUGGCAUUGCAUCAGCGCUAAGCCUUGGGAUCAAAUGUUGGGGGUGGCUAUGGGGAGGUCUAGGCUCUUGAUGGGAUUGGCUCAAGCCGCCAGGAAGAGAGGCUGUCAGUGAAGCAGACCAAAGAUGGGAUUAGCCCCAGGAAGGAAGCCGAGGGGCCGGGAAGCCUGGAGAACCCGGGAAGAUUUCCACCCACACCGGAGUGACCGCUGCUGAAGGAGGUGGCAUCAGGCGGAGGGGCUUCCUGGACUCCCCGGACAGAGCAGCACUUGCUCACCAUGCUGCCCCUCCUGGCCCUGUGUCUCCUGAUCGGGCCGUCAGUGUGCAGGACAGCAGGGGACAGAGAGGAACGGACGCUCGGCACAGAAGCAGAGUCCUGGGUGACCGUGAACCUGAAGGGAAUCCCUGUUGCCAGCCUUGAACUCCAGCUUCAGGAGACGAAGAGAAGCAGAACUCGCCAGUUCUAUGGCCUGAUGGGGAAGCGGGUGGAGGGGUAUCAGCUGGGAAGAAUAGUGCAGGACCUCCUUGGCGCGAGAGGUCCGUCCAUAGAAGGAACCUGCGGACAGGAGACACACCACCAGAGUGCAGGGGCUGGAGCAGUGGCCACAGACGGCCUCCAGAGUCAAAGAGGAAGGCCAGACGCUCUCAGUCACCAGCCACGUGUAGCAUUUUCCCUGGGCACAGAAGAGGAUGACCAGGGUUCAGAGUGAGCCCCAAAGGACGCUUCCCCAAUGAUGCCAUGCCCAUCUUUCCCAGAACAUUACAGCUGAAGAACCUCUGGCCAACAGUCCAGUGUCUUCUGUCCUCAGCUUGGGCAUUUCACGGCAGGCCUGCACUGAACCCCCCAUUUCCUCAAGGACUCUUGACAUCAGGUGGCAAUGGCGCACAAAGCAGUGUGGCCUCACAGACUGGAGUGACCCAGCUCUCCCUUGCGCCCAAGUUCUCGUGCCUAUGUACUACAGGGUAAGCGUCACACCCUGUAUCCCAUGCCCAACAUACAGUGGGGCUCAAUAAACGAGUGAGCAGUAACGAGCAGCUUCCUCGGCCGUAUAAGGCAGAGGGCAGGAUGUCAGACCAGCAGAUAAAGAUCACACAGCCCAGGUCCAUCCGCGGGUGGGAAAAGAUGCUGAUGGGGAAGGCACUGCCCGUGCAUCUGGGGGUGGGGUCAGGGGCCUCUUCUCCUUAGAUUCCUGAUGACCUGUCUAGAGGUCACCAUCUGGGCUGAUGAUAUGGCUCAAUGGGUUAAGGCACUUGUUGCCAAGACCAACAACUUGAGUUCAAUCCCCAGGGCUCACAAGGUGGAAGAAAAGAGCAAACAUU